AUGUCGAUGAACACCGACAGCAACGCAGACUCUAACGGCGGCGUCACCUACCGGGAGAUCUGCCCCCAGAGGCGGAUUUACCUCAGGGAUAGGCAGUUCGUAGUGCAGAAGGAGAUCGUUAGUGACGGUCCGGACAUUAACUGCGGUCGAGAAAUCAAUUCGACCCGACAUUUCUUCUAUAAGGCCACGAGUGAGGCACCUAUUAGUGUUACCUACCAUAAGGUUAUCAUCACGGGAGUUGCAUGCGGAGUGUGCAUCCCCUUCGCUAUUGGCCUCGCCACGAAGAUCUUCUAG